AUGGAAUUUGUCGAAAUCAUCUUCCAACUCGCUCCUGUACCCUAUUUAGACUUCAGCUUUACCGUUUUCAAGGGACUGUGGGAUGCCCUGAAAGAUGUUCAGUCCAGCAAGCAGCAAUUCAACGUCCUAGCGCAGUCAGUAGCACAAUUGUUGCAUAUACUGGACAAAGGGUUUCGAUCUGGAAGUAUAAUGAUGGACGAUCUAUCGUCAGAUGCUCUCAUCGACUUGGAAAGAUUGCUCAAGGACAUAUCCGCGUACAUACAAAAGCAGUCAAAUUUUGGAUUCGUCAAAUUGCUUCUCUUAAAGGAGGAAAGACUAGCGACUAUAGAGGCGUUUAAUCGACGUAUCUAUAACAACAUCAACGCAUUUCAGGUUGCCGCAAUGAUUGAUAUUCGAGUGUGGCAAACACGAAAUGAAGAAGCUCGAAGGAACGAUCAGGGAAGCCUACAUGCCCGACUCCGCCAUCUGGAAGCCAAUCAACGACUCCUGAUAGAAGCGCUAGAUAUUCCUCACAGUGGCCCUCAGGCAAUCAUGGCUACUCUUCGCAGACGUGUUGAUGAAAGGAAAGGAUCUGACGAAGAAUUAAGAUUCCUGAAGCACAGUCUUAGUUAUCUGAGCACUACAAGCAAUCACCAAAUCGACCUUCAACCCUGGACUAUUACUUCCUACGACGUCGAAUUUGGACCUCUCAUUGGCGUUGGAGGAUUCGGAAGGGUAUACCGAGGGAAAUGGAAUCACACAGAUGUGGCUUUGAAGGUGAUGCGGAAUGCUGGGGAUAUAUCUCCUAGGGCAUCCACAUGGUCGAAGCUACGCCACCCUAAUAUUCUUCAAUUCUUGGGGGCCAAUAUCCUCGAUGAUGAACCAUUUCUCGUAAUGCCAUUAGUAGAAGGAGGGAAUGCUCGAGACUACAUUGAUAAUCACCCUCAUUGUAAUAGGAUCAAGAUUGUUCAGCAAAUAAGUCUGGGAUUGACCUACCUUCAUUCACAAUCUGUAGUUCACGGAGAUCUCAAGGCUGUGAAUGUCCUCAUAGACGACGCAGAGAGGGCAUUGCUAUGUGAUUUUGGAUUAGCGAGGUUGAGAGCUGAUGUCAACAGCCGGACAGCAGACUCGAUUCCUCUGCAAGGAAGUCAAAAUUGGAUGGCUCCUGAGUUAUUUGAAGGUCGAUCCCUACGUAUGCCAUGCGACAUCUACUCCUUUGGCAUGACAUUGUACGAGGAACCAAUGUCGCAGAUAUACACGGGUGAAAUUCCCUUCGGACACUUAUCUCCUCAGCUUAUCCCUAAACUUGUAGCAAAGCGAAGAAUUCGUCCAGAGAGACCAGAACAUGAAGAGGCACCAUACCUAAGCGACGAUAUUUGGAAUGUUGCUCAGCAUUGCUGGUCUCAUAGCCCAGCAGACAGACCUUUGGCCAUCACUCUUAGCGAAACCCUGACUGUACUUCUCCAUACAACUCGAAAUCGACCUCAGGUUUCGGUACCCCAUCCCCAAGACAAAGUUCUUGAACAUACUGGAAACAUCGUUAUGACAAACGGGACUUAUUCCACUAGCAACAAUGGAUACACAUCACUCGUAUCCCCUCUGACGACGUUAUACAGUAUCCCUGAUUCCCCUUUUGGAACCAACCAAAUAAUCCCCGAUACUCCUCCUCGGUCCAUGCAUGGUCUUCCGCAACGCCUCAAUGACGACUACGAGGCCAUCCAUGAACACCCUCCCCCUGCAUUUCCUGUACCUAAUGUCCAUCAAAACCCUCCUCCUGCCUUUCCGACACCUGGUCUUCCCAAUUCACAGGGCACAUAUGAAACCAUGUUUAGGUUUGAAAGUUUCGCCCUGUCGCUUCCUCCGGUCGAAAGAAUAAAGAUAAUCCCAAACAAAAGACUUGUCCUAGCUUUCGACAUUGGAAUCUCAUACAGCAGCAUUUCCUACAGGUGUGUCUUCUACCUGCCGCUGUUAGGAACUUUAGUGACCGCAAAAUAUGCCAGCAUCAUUGAAGAUAAUCAAAUGUCAGAAAUUAAGGGCGUGACGAUAAUCUCUGAUCGCGACCAAUUGAGUGGAUCUUUCAAGGUCCCAACAACAAUCUAUUAUGAUGAGUUUGGAGAGUUACGCGCUAUCGGAGCAGAAACGAUGUCUGAAGAGGUUAUCAAAGUUGCCGAAUCCAACGGUUGGAGAAAGGUUAAAUGGUUCAAGCUACAUCUAUGGCCACAUAUCAUCCCUGGCAAGAAACACACAAACACAACCCUACCCUCUAACAAACGACCUGAGGAUAUUCUUAGCGAUUACCUCCAAUAUCUAUAUCGCUGCUCUAUCACAUAUAUCAAGAAAACGCAUAUUAAUUGGCAGGAGCUAUCUCCUCUAUUCAGCUCUAGGGAUGAUAUCGAUUUUGUUCUGACCUAUCCGAACGGAUGGGAUGGGGUUCAGGAGAAGAUGACACAGUCUGCUGUAUUGGCUGGACUUGUUUCUGACGAUGAAGCUGGCAGAUCCCAUCUGUCCUUUGUAACUGAGGGAGAGGCUAACCUAUCCUUCGUCUUAGGUCAUAGUGCACAGGACACGUUCCAAAAUGAUGUGGCUGUUAUUGUCGACGCAGGGGAUUACAUGGUCACCAUAAGCUCCUACGUCAGAAAUCCUUCUAAUGUUACGCCUUCGUUUGAAGAAAUCACUCAACCUCUGCGUCACCUCAGUGGCUCGAUAUUUGUGACCUCUCUAGCCAAAACAUUCUUCCAACGCACACUCUCGGAUUCUAAAUUCAAGGAUCGAGCGGAUAUUGUCCUUCAAUCAUUCGAACGAACAACAAAAUUCAGAUUUAGCAAUCCUGGAGAACCUGAAUACCUUACCAUAGGCGGAGCGAAAGAUAACGAUAAAAAAAGACACAUCAAACGCGGCCAGCUAAGGUUGCAAGGCGCUGACGUCGCGUCAUUUUUCGAGCCUUCGAUCAAAUGUAUUGUAGAUUCGGUGAAGGAGCAGCGAAAAACGUCCCGCGAAAAAGCUACGCACGUAAUUCUUGUUGGAGAGUUAAGUGCUAGCGAAUGGCUUUUCUCCCGCGUCACCGCCGCAUUCUCACCAUUGGGAUAUUCUGUGAUAAGGCCCGACUAUUAUAUGUAA